AUAAUCCUUUUGAUUCUUUUGAUAAAGACCGCUCGUCACAGAAUGGGCAAAAGAUUGUAUGAACAAUGCUGCCGGUUGUGCUUGUACAGCGGCACAGAAGUCGGUUUGGUGGAUGUGUUUUCUAUACCGAAGCUAAACGGCGUAGUUUUGGAGCUGUACAACAUCGAGGUGACGCCGAACGAUGGAAGUACAACCCGCGUGUGCAGCGUUUGUCUCAAGGAUACGCUGGACUUUAACGCACAGAUAAAACUAUAUGAUCGGGAGAAAAUGCGUGUUCUGGAGAACAACGCCAAAAUACUACGCAAUGCGCAAACUGUUGCGAUACCCACGGCUUCCGGCGUAUCGAAGGACUCCGCCCUGGCGUCUAGAGAAAAACAGCCAUCAAAAGAGCCAACGCAAACUGCGAUCAAAGACAGUGAAUCACGAACCGAAAAAAACAGUACCGAGGGAUCUCGUGCUGCUCACCACAAACAGCAGGCAACGACAGAAAGUCCAAGGCGAAAUGCAGCCACCAAACCCUCGGAUAACCGGAUCCCUAGUACGGAAAAGGGUGCCUCGGAUUCUACGCAAACUCCGACAAACGAUAAAGCGUCUAAAGGAUCAAACGCCGAGGACAACGCCAAGGAUGGCAGCCGUCGAUCAUCUCGCAGUGCAUCGGAGCAAUCCACGCCAAAGCCGAAAAACUCAGCGAAAGGCUUGGAUCAACGUUCAAGCGACAAGUCCGGUACGGCUCGGAAUGAGAAUCGUAAUUCGGAUUCCGGGAACUGCAGUAGGAGUUCGAAGGAUUCAACCACAUCAAAUGCUAAAAGUAACGAUCCGCGUCAGCGUUCAUCUUCGUCAAAACCCAUCGACAAAUCCGGAUCGGCUCGGAGUGAGACUCGUACUUCGGAAUCCGGAAAUCAUAAUAGGGGCGCCAAUGCAUCAACUACGCCAAAUGCUCCCAGUCAGCGUUCAUCGUCUUCAAAGUCUAUCGACAGGUCCGGCUCAGCUCGGAGUGAGACUCGUCAUCCGGAAUCCCGUAGGAGUUCCAAGGAAUCAGCUGCUUCAAAUGCAAAAAACCGCGAUCCGCGUCAGCAUCCAUUGUUGCCCAAGCCGCAGGCUACUCAUUCGCGAGAAAUUUCGUCGCAUCGAGUUAAUGUCAGUGUUGAUUCAGGUGAGAACCGCGGAUCAAUCUCUGUCGAAUCGUCCAGCAGGUCCAGAACGGACUCAUCAAAACGAUCCACCGAAGGGCGGGAGCCAACGAAAUCCAAAAAUGCAGACCGUACGUGGUCGGUAAGCCCCGGUAGAAGUGGUGCAACUAAACACUCUGAUAAUACCCUAUCGUUAAAUCGAUCUCCAAACGAUAGGGACUACAGCAGAUGGGGAAACAGCAAACCUUCCAACAAAACAAGUGACACUGUAAAUAUUGCUGAACCACUGAGACACUACUUACUCAAGUUUCGAAAUGCAUCGAACAAUACCGCUUCAAACCAAAGUCCGGACAAUAUUGUUAAUCGUGGACCAGAAAAACCAAGUGCUCCGAAACAUACGACAGCACCGCAUAGCAGCAAUGCGGACGUGCGGACAAACGAUGGAGCUCAGAGUAAGGAUAAAAGAAAUGUGGCCCCGGAAAAAUCCGAUCGUCGAGAAUCUGCCGCUAAGCCAUCAACGUCAGGAACUAAGGAACGUCCUGCUUCACGGAACGAAAUGCUGGACAAUCAAGGCAACACUAUCAAUAGGAAACGAGGACCAGAUGCACCGCUACAACUCCCUCGGAUUAAAAUUAGACUCUUAAAUCGCGUAAAUGUUAUUCAGCCAGAGGUAGAUAUAUCACCAAAAACUGCGACCACGGCCAAUGCUUUAGCUAUAGCCGAGAGCAAUGCGGCUACAACAGCUGGCCUUACCGUGUCCGUGCCCACGACAAACUCUACGAUGUGUACGACUGCAAUGACCACGCCGACAACAACAGGUAUGGGGACGUCCAGUUUGCCUCCCAGCGAAACUGUGGCAGCGAGUCCCUCGGUUCACAGCAGAGUUUCGGAACUGCGGGCCAGCAAACCGGGCAUUCCGAAGCGGCGACACAGCGUUUUCAAUACCUCUCUGAUACGUGUCAGCUCCAAUUUGUUCGAUUCUUCUAAGGAAUGCGAUGAAUUUGCUGCUAUUCGUAACAAUACGAUGCUACGGGUUGAUCCAUGGAGCAACUCGGUUGUCAGUAACGUCAACGGAGCGCCGGUGGCGGAAGGGUUUCCCCAAAUAUCGGGCGAUGCUGGUAUCAAUCGCUCUUCUGCAUUACAGCCGGCUAGGUCAAAUGGAACGACAGAAAGUUUUGCCUUGCAGCAGCAGCAGCAGCAGACUAGCAUGGCUGAUGCAGAUAUGUUGUCGACAGCGGUACAGAAACCCGGUAUGAAACGCAGGAAAAGCGUCUGUGUUGCGAACGUGCGACAGAUGCUUCAAAAUGAACAAUGCGGCCAAUCGAACACUAACAUGGAAACAAGAAUCUAUCCAAUUACUCAAAUACCGGUUAACAACAUUUUGGAAAGUCGAUAUGUUUCACCCCACAAUGCAGCGCCGUCAGCGCAAUCGACAUUACAAAAUAAUAAUGUACCGAUAGUUAGCACUCCAACAAAUUACGGUUCAUGUAUGAUCCGUUCCGGAAACACUGCGAUAAAUCCGCUUCCUUUAAAUGUACCGGCUGACUCGACUGUUACGGCAGUGCCUGGAGUUCGAUUGAACUACAGAUCCGCUAGUAUACCUUUGCACAUUUUAACCCGUAGUGGGCCGGUAUCAACAUCCGGUGGAACCGUCAAGAUCGUGACUCAAACCGACAGGCUGAGUGGAAAGACUGUUUGGCAGAUAUCCAAUGCUAAUGCUGUAGAAGGAGGCGACCUCCCCAGGCUUUCGAUACCGGGCGAGCAACAUCGUAACAUGCCCUCGCUGGUUCCUGUAACACCCCAAAGUAAUAUUCAGCCACUACAUCCACAAAUGCGUGUAAUCGACCACUCAUACAGUGCAAACUGAGCAUGACAUAGAUAGUCGAAGCGGUAAAAAAAAAAAACACUGCAUUCCACCUCGAAUUUAGUGGUUACG